GUCCCGCCAUUGCGACGGUGCACUGUUUGUACAAAUUAUAAUAUUACAUAUUCCGAAUCCGAUUCUGAUUCGUGUUUCUCGGUAACUACAAACAAUAACAACAAUAUGACRACAACGGGUGGGAGUAGUAUGCGAUCUCUCAUCAGGCCCAGGACAUCGUCUCCGCGCAGUCCUUCCAUUCGGCAAGCAAGAGCCUUAUCGCCACGAUCUGUCAUAUUUGAAUGCCAGGAUGAAGAUGUUGAACAUUUGAAGCAUCUCACACAGCCCGACUAUGGCGAUUUCGACWCGAGCUGUGAGGAUUUAUUCUUCGAUGAUGAUAACGGUAAUAACAACGACGGGAGGAACUCAACUACUCUGCCCAUGUUAUAUCCCACAACCUAUCCAAGAUCUAAUAUUGCAAUGAACAUUUACAGCGAUCGAAACAAUWCUCGAAGCAACAAGCGAAAGCUGUUUUCUUCUGAACUACCGCCCAGAUGCUCUCUGAAUCUGAGACAUCGGAAGAUAUCCGAUGAGACKGUCGAAUGGCUUGCCAGCAGCAGUCGAUACAAUCCCAAUAGCGAUAACAACAGCUCACCCUCUCACGUCUCACCUGGUACCGAAAACGAAUACUACGAAGUGUUGAAGCCAAAUCCAAGCCAGGAACAACACUUGGCAAUUCGUGCUACUCCUCGAUUGCAACCCGUGCGGGUGGAAGAGCUUUGGCUGGGACCCGUGUUUGAAUCGUCCCAGACRGUCCUGGCCGCGAUUGAGACCCUUCCCGCCUCUGUGAUGCACCUUGAUCUUGACCUGAGGAACACGCUGCACCUUCUCCCCGAAGCCAUGCCACUUCUGUUCGCAAAGGGUCACCUGAAACAUCUCAGCCUCCGUGUGUUUGGGGAUGCGGGGGCCAUCGAAGUGGCCAAGUGGAUGAACCAGAAUCCUAACCUCGAACACCUGGAUUUAAGGGGGAACCGCAUCGGUUCCCUCGGGGCGCGGACGAUUGUCGAUGCCAUCAUUUCAUGGAGCGAGAGACACACCGGAACCACCAUCGACUGCGACGAUUCAUACCCAUUGCAUCGGCUGUCGCACCUGAAUCUWAGCUGUAACUGUAUACUCCAUGGAGAUCUGAUUGGACAGCUGUUGGCUCUUAACUCGACUCUCACCGACCUGGACCUCGGCUACAACUGGUUUGGAGACCAGGAUGUCGAAGAGAUAUGCCGGGGACUCAGCAAAAAUAAAUCCUUGAGAAAGCUGAACCUCUUUGGUUGCAACCGAAUAUCAUCCCUAGGAAUGAAGGCCAUCCUUCAUUGUUUGAAAGAACACAACACCUCGCUGCACACAAUCGGCAUCCAGGCCUUUGACGAAGAGGGAGAGGAGUUGGUUAGGCAAAUCAAGUACUGGUUGAAGCUCAACAAAGCCGGACGGUGUCUGGUGAAGUCGUCGCUUCCAGCGUCUUSUCCAUCGCCACCUCCGCAGCAAGGUAGUCUAAGCAGACACCGAUGUGGCACAAGUGGUCAAAAGAAAGUACCUAUGGGCCUGUGGCCUCUGGCACUGGGGAAGUCGGAGGUGGAUCCUGAUUCGAUGUUCUUUUUGGUGCGAGAAGGCCUGAGUCCUUGGAUCACUAAUCAUAACAGCGAGCCGACAUAGAUACAGUACUUUUUGUUUUUCAAAAGUAACUCAUAAUCAAAUUAUUGCGUCGCA